AUGAUUCGAAGCCUGUCGAGGACUCGCUUGUCUGUUCCCCUUCCUCAAUGAGAAAAGAUCGUCCCAAAAGACAUGAGCAAGAUUUUCCUCAAAAAUAAACGUCGGCUUAAAUCACAUCGAGCAGACGUUCCUCCGACAUCUGACACUAUAAAGCUUCGAAACAAUUUCGAGAGAUCACCAACAAAAUUUGACUCAUUAUAUGAGCAUUCCCCAGGCAAAACGAGGAGUAAACUUCUUUCAGCUAGGAAUAGUAAUAAAACUAUUCCUCUACCAGAUGAUUCUCCGGAUAGCAAAAGUCCUGAUCGUAGAUUGAGCAGUACAAGGCUAGAAACUUACAAUUUUGAUAAAGAAAGCAAUACUCAUUUGGAAAGGGAAGUUAAAAGCUAUAAAAAAAUUAUAGUCAAAAAUUUAAGAGAAAUUAAGGGUAGGGAAGAAGCUUUGCUAACUGAUAGAGAAAGAGAGGGCUUCGUUAAGAGUUUUAGUGAUCUAAAGCCUAAGAUGUAUACGAUGACAAAAGGUGGGAGCAACUAUAGAAGAUCUUUGCUUAAUCCCUAGUGAGCAGCAAAGAUAUUAGAAAAGCCAUAUUUUACUUCCAAAGAAUAUAUAGAAUAUAUACUGAUAUAUUAUUGAUUUAUGAAUAAUAAAAAUAAUGAAACCUCUAAUUUUAAGUAGCGUGCAUUUAAAAAAAUUACCAAUGAAUUAUAAACUUUAUUUUUUUAGAUACCGAUUGAUUGGAUAAAAAAUUUAACUCACUCUGUUAGUAAGACAAUUUUGUUCACUUGCAAAGGAAGAAUUAGGAAGAAAUUCGAUAACUUUAAGACGGAUUCAGCCCGCUUUCUAAAGUUUGAUGUAAAAAUAAUUUAA